AUGUGCUCAUCCAUCGAUUUAAAACCGGAUAUUUUAUCGUCUCUCGAAUCAUCUUCAUGUAUGCUGACUGAGGAGGAGCUUUUGCUGUUCUUCACUGGAUUUUCUCCAGAAAAAGAAAUGGAUGAUUAUUAUCUCAAAGUUUGCUAUCUAUUGGAUUUGAGGAUUUCUGCUAAAAAAGAGUAUCAAAGCAAAGUUUUUAACAUAAAGAAAGAAAAGACCCACCUACUUGGUCAUUUUUUAAACAUGGCCCAGCCUAAAAGUAUUUUUGAUGAUGAAGGUGCGUCUAUGAUUCUAAAAGAAGCCAUUCCAUCAUUUGUAAUUGAUUCGAUACCCGGCAGUUAUCUGAAAGAUAUCUCAUUGUCUCAUCAAAUUUCUUUGGCAUUUAUUGCGAAGACGCUACCAACUUUUGUUCGCUCUCCCACUGCGGAAAAGGCGUACUUUUCGCUCAAGGAUCUUUUUUUUCUGGAAAGAGAUCCUUAUAUCCCCGCGACAACAAAAGAAUUUCUAAAGGACGAGGGACUCGCCGCCCUCCUGGCCGGAUUGGCUCAUCCUGCUGCUUACCAUUCGAUCAAGUUGGAGCAUUUCGAUCUUCUUUUUCCUGCCAUGGCCAAUUAUACUGAAGCGCUUAUUUUUGAUACACUGUUUAUUUUCUUUCGGCAUCACAUUUCGCUUGGCAAAAACAAUGCAAAUGACAUGAUUUCAAAUCUAGUGCUGGAAAAAUCGCUUGCAUACGAAUCGACGAUAAUCCCGGAUUUUUCAAUUUCCUUCAAAAAAGGAGACUCCGAUGCUGUUAUGUCAUUUCUAAUCUACCUCAUACAUGAGGCGAGAAGAGAGGAGGGACAACCUUCGGAAGAUUAUAUCGAUAUUGCGUAUCCUGGAAACAAAGUUCUCUUCAAGCGCUUGCAAUAUCUGCGUAGAUGUUCCAAAGCUGCGUUUAUAGGGCCGCUUAUUGUUCUGGUGCUGAAAAAACUUUCUCGGUUUGAUAUCGUCGAAAAUGAGAAUACUAUAGGAACGUUAACCGAAAAUAAAGACUCCAUUCUCAACCUCACUGCUUUUGAGACGCUAUUUUCGGAGCAAAUUCCUCCAGCUGAUCCUUAUUUAUCAGCGCUAUCCAAAAGAGAGGCUUUGGUUGAGUUUCUCUGUCUAAACUUGGCCUCGUUUAUCCCAUUUUCAGAAAAAUCUGCCUCCUUCGCUUUGCUCGAAUAUAUGGUCCAUUUUGAGACACCGGAGGAGAUAUCUAGAAUUUUGUCGACCUAUUUUCUAGUUCAGCAGUCCGAUUCGGAAGUGAUGGAGUCAAUGGUGAAAGAAAUUUCUCGGCUCUUUAUCUUCAUCAUUUAUAAGUAUGAGCGUAACUUGCGAUCCGAAGUGUCUCUAGUAAUUGAAAAUUGGCUAUCAAAAUUUGCGCCUACUUUUCUUCCUUCAUGUGCUCCCGUUUUCUUGAAGAGCACAAAUACCACAUCUGCAAGCGUUUCUCAGUACUCUGCGUUUGCCAUUACCGCAUCUACAUUGAUUGGUAUUCUUUUUUGCAUUUAUUGA